CUGUUGAAUUUGCUUCCACAUCCUCGAAAAAAAGGGUUAUUGUCGUUGCUUUGUUAGACAAAAACAAUGAAGAACAGUGUGAGCAGCGAGUCUGUGGCCGUGAUUACUAUCCAGGGAGUGACCCUGGUCUGUUUCCAUAGACACUACAAAACACUCUGGACAAAACAGAGCAAUGGACGAGGAUCCGUCUGCUGAGGAGACUACAUUUGUUGUGGACGAGAUUACCACAGUUAUCAAAGAAGCUGUUGAAAGCACCAUUGGUAACAGCUCUUACCAGCACAGUCAAAUCAACCAGUGGAUGUCAAGCAUUGUAGAGUCAAGUCUAAGCCAGCUAACUAAAUUAGGAAAGCCUUUCAAGUAUAUAGUGACAUGCAUCAUACUCCAAAAAAAUGGGGCAGGUUUGCACACUGCCAGCUCAUGUUUCUGGGACAACAGUACAGAUGGGAGUUGCACGAUACGAUGGGAGAAUAAAACCAUAUACUGCAUAGCUAGUGUUUUCGGGCUUGCCAUUUGAGGAUGAAUAUCAGAUGCAGACCUGUCUCCUGUUCAGUGGUUUCCAAACAUUUUUAUAAGCCUCAUAAACAAGCAAUGAUGUCGCUGUUUAAUUUGAAUAAAACUUGAAUACAUUUAUCUGAAAUUCUAA